AUGGCUGAAUUAUAUCCCGAUGAAUUUGAUGAACUUAAUAUGUGUGCGCUUGAGAAUCAACUAGCAAAUUACAUCAUUGAUGUCCGUGGUAUCGAUAAAAGUUUCUCCAAUUUAAAUGGGCUUUGUGAUCUUUCAAAAAAAUUGGUUCAGACAAGAAAGCACUCUUGUUAUCCUCUUGUAUUUUGUUUGGUGAAAUUUGUUUUGCUUCUUCCAAUUACCACUUUAUCUGUUGAAGGAGCCUUUUCAACAAUGAAGUUUAUUAAGAAUGAGUUGUGGAAUAAAAUGAAUGAUGUCUUUUUUAGAGGUUGCAAUGUUCCUUUUAUGGAAAAAGAUGUGUUUAAUAACAUUUCAACUGAUGAUAUUAUUGUCUUUUCAAGCAAUGAAACCUCGUCGAGUGAUAUUGUAAAUGUGCUUGAGAAGUAUUGGUAG